CCCAUCUCUUUCUCUUCCCCUUCCCGACAUGGCGUCUUUGGCGAAGGCAAGGUGAUGAUGGCCAUCUCGGAGGGGCGGUUCCCCCGGCGGAGAAAUCCCUGUGCCGGGACUAGAUUCCGGCGGAGGGAUCCGGUUGGGCUGCUGGUGCUGAGGUUCCAUCUUGGUUCCGCUUCGGGCGGGUGGGGGGAGGCGGCUCCGCAGCCGGCACCAUGGACGAGGCCUACGACGUGAUCGUGCUGGGCACUGGCCUGACCGAAUGUAUUCUUUCAGGCAUCAUGUCUGUGAAUGGCAAGAAGGUCUUGCACAUGGACCGGAAUCCAUACUAUGGGGGUGAGAGCUCAUCAAUUACCCCCCUGGAAGAGCUCUACAAGCGCUUUGAGAUUGCUGAUGGUCCCCCUGAAUCUAUGGGCCGUGGCCGGGACUGGAAUGUUGACCUUAUCCCCAAAUUCCUCAUGGCCAAUGGCCAGCUGGUGAAAAUGUUACUGUAUACAGAAGUGACACGCUAUCUAGACUUCAAGGUGGUAGAGGGCAGCUUUGUAUACAAGGCAGGAAAGAUCUACAAGGUGCCGUCAACUGAGACAGAGGCUCUAGCAUCCAAUCUCAUGGGCAUGUUUGAGAAGCGGCGCUUCCGUAAGUUCCUGGUGUUCGUGGCAAACUUUGAUGACAAUGACCCGAAGACAUUGGAAGGGGUGGAUCCUCGCAACACCACCAUGCGAGAAGUCUAUCGACGUUUUGACCUGGGCCAGGAUGUCAUUGACUUCACAGGUCAUGCCCUGGCACUUUACCGCACUGAUGAUUACUUGGAUCAGCCCUGUUUGGAAACCAUCAAUCGCAUCAAACUCUACAGUGAAUCCCUGGCCCGCUAUGGGAAGAGUCCCUAUCUCUACCCACUUUACGGUCUGGGUGAGCUACCCCAGGGUUUUGCCAGGCUCAGCGCUAUAUACGGUGGCACCUACAUGCUCAAUAAGCCAGUGGAUGAGAUUGUCAUGGAAGGCGGCAAGGUCAUUGGGGUCAAAUCGGAAGGCGAGGUGGCACGCUGCAAACAACUGAUCUGCGACCCCAGCUAUGUGCCAGAUCGAGUGCGCCCAGCAGGGAAGGUUGUGCGUGUCAUCUGUAUUCUGAGCCACCCUAUCCGUGGCACCAAUGAUGCCAACUCCUGUCAAAUCAUCAUCCCCCAAAACCAAGUGGGACGCAAGUCUGAUAUCUAUGUCUGCCUGAUCUCCUCUGCCCACAACGUGGCUGCCCAGGGCAAGUACAUAGCAAUUGCCAGCACUACUGUGGAGACGGAGUCUCCUGAGAAUGAGGUGCAGCCAGCCCUCGAACUGCUUGAACCUAUUGACCAAAAGUUUGUGGCCAUCAGUGACAUAUAUGAACCCACUGAUGAUGGAACGGAAAGUCAGGUAUUCUGCUCACGUUCAUAUGAUGCCACCACCCAUUUUGAGACAACAUGUGAUGACAUCAAAGACAUCUACCGGCGCAUGGCUGGGGCUCCCUUUGACUUUGAGAGCAUGAAACGGCGCCAGAAUGAUGUCUUCGGCGAGGAUGAGCAGUGACCUCUCUCCUUCUCUUCCCUCCCCAUCCCCACCCUCCCUGGGUUUUCCCCAUGCAAGGGACCAUACUCCCACUAGGGUAGGGACUGGCGUUACCCUGCACCUGACCUGAGACUGGCUCUUCCUCCAAAUCCUCAUUCAGCCAUGCCUCACUUCUCCUACUGAGACCAGUUCCCUUAACCCACAGGGAUAAAAGACAUUGCCACUUUAUUUUUCCUCCUCGCACCACCCCCAGAUCUUUUUGCCUACAAGAAACAGAUUCCCCCAUUUUGAGAUUAGAUCAAAGUCGGUGUAACCAAAAUCCUUUGGGGACCAACCUCUUAAGUUCCUUCCAGUGCCUGCAGGGACUUGGGGUCAAGCUAUGUACUGUAUGCAGUUGCAUGAAGUUAACCUCCUGAAAGCUGCCACCCUCUAGGAAAAAGCAGUUUUGGAUUGGGCUGAUUUGGCAUACUCUUCUGCUGCAGCUGCUGCCCACUGCAUGCUCGUAGGGAUAGCAAUGUAUCUGAAAGCGAGCAGAAUUAAGCACACUAGUCACUUUUCCACUUGGCCUGUCACAAACCAAUUCUCCCUUAGAAAAAGCAGACAUCCAGGGUUUAAAAGCAUACAGUUGUAGGGAGCAUGUUGUUUGGCCUUUCUUCCUGCUGCUAAUCUCAAACUUUGCUCAUGUUUUACACUAGACAGACUUCGCCGUUUUCUCUCCCCCAUCAGCACCCCUAUUAUCAUCUGUGUCUCACAAUUUCCCCCUUUCUCAUCCCACUUCUGCUCCCAGUGAAUUGGCUUGCUGCUUCACUUGUGACGGACCUUCUUCCUCCUUGCCCCCCCCUCACUUAUAAUCAGCCCUCCUUCCUUUCCUUGUUCAUCCUGAUCAUGGUGUAAAUCUUCAUUUCUGCAUACUGAGAAGAGGCUGGAAUGCCUACCACUACAUUAGGAGGAUGUGGGGCAUGAAGAGCCACUCCAGACCAUCUCUUCCCACACGUUGCCCCCUAGCCAGUCCCACGCCCUCCCACCCCCACCUUGCCACUUCAGUUUCCCACAAGCCUUUCUGUCUGUCUUGUGUCUAUUUUGUCCCCUCAAUUCCCUCUUAGUUCCAUUAGCCUAAAGUGGGGGAAGAUUUGUGUGUGUGUGUGUGUGUGUGUGUGUCUCGUGUGCUGGACAUAGGGACAGGGUGGUGGUUCUGUCCCCCUUCCACUUGCUGCCACCUGCUGUAACUUAUUGUAACUUAUUAAUGAAGCAGGUCAAACUUUUGUUGAUACUCCUGAUAAUUAACGAGGUUUGGAUGGGGGACGGUUAGGCCCUGGCAUGUGCAGAGGCCUGGGGCCUGGUUUUGUGUCAGGGGCUUCCUUUAUGCCCGAAGCAGGCUUUAAGGUUAACAAUCUGUCUGUAACCCUAGGGGGUAUGAGGGGUCACUUCCCUCCACCCCACAGCUGCUCAGUUGUCUCAAGAUAAUAAAUUCACUUAGUCUA